GGAACACAUUCCGUCGUUAUUUUCGUCGUUAUGGAGAUUACCUACGGAAAUAAGGGUUUGGCGACGGAAUAAUUCCGUCGCCAUUUCAGCAGUUUUUUGUAGUGCAAUCGCAGAUGUUCAUGAGUGAGGGGGAGAUGGAAGAGGAAGCUGAUGCAUUUAAGGUGGUUUGUGAUGCAUUGGAAUAUGGAUGGAGCUUGACUAAUCCAUGUGAUGUUGAUAUGGGGAAUAGGGUUUAUAUCCUGGACAGCUCAUCGGCCGGCAUCACAAAGAUUGAUAAAUAUGACAAGAUGCCAAACGUUGUUCGAGACAUGGUCGUAGAAUAUUUCAAGAGUAAAGGUCUGGAUGGCCGGGUCGAGAAACUGAAGGCACAAGAACCAAAACGAUUGCAACUGGCAUGGAGAGAUUCAACUGCUGUAUUUGAGUAUGGUGUGAUUACAAUGCGGAAAAUGGAGACGUACACAGGCCAGGCAUUGAGACGGUGGGACUUUGGAUUGAAAAAGGGAGAUGAGAAGGCGGUGAAUGCACUUUGGAAAAAGUAUUGUGCUGCGAUCGUCGAAUCAAAUGUGAACGAGGUUAAGGACAAGAUAAGGCAUCUGGUGAAGCACUUUAGCCGUUGAAGACUACAUGACUGGAUUAUAAUUCAUUUUUUUGAUGCCUGACUCUUCAUGGG